AUGAUUGAUCUCCAGGCCCCAAGAGGGGGGAAUCAGACAGAAGGAAAGUUUGCAGCCAAAGAUGCGGGGGAAGAGCCUUUGGAACAAACGAUAUCCGACCGACCGGUAAAGCUGUUGAUGUUUGACUUUUUGCGCAUACUGACGGUACGGAACACCAUCGACACCACCAACACUCGUAUGUCGUACACACAGUGGAUCACGGGAAACCGGUCAACUACCGGCAGCGCUGAGAGAAGUACCGAGCUCGGCACCAUCGCUCUCUGCACGGUGCUGGAAUUCAACCUCAUCCUCAAGACCUCGAGACGUCGAGUCCCCCCGCCAAGCCGGAUACCUCACUUUGGCCAAGCUGUUCAAGGUAGCAUCGGCACUCUCUUUCCGCGUGCCAAGUUGACGAUCGGUAUUGCGUACCGCUGGGCCAAGUGGAAAGUCGGGAUUUUUUAUUAUGAGUACGAUUAUUGUAAUUAUACAAUUAAGAAGUCGGAUUGGCGUAUAGAAGUUAAAACCUUUUCUAACCUAGUUCUUAGAAUUCUAUAUAGUUAUAAGGUCGAGUCUUUAUACCGUUUGGCCAAAGAUUUUCGUAAAAGAAAGGGUCGCGCCUUCUUAUUUAAGGGUAUUGUAUUCGCGGCUACGUUAGGCGGUAAACCUGUUGAAGAGGACGCUCCUAGCGACGAAUAA